ACUCAUACAAACGUUAAGUGAAAGAACUACGGUCUCGUCGGCUAGAGCUUCUGCAUCGACUGCGAUCGCUUCUUUAUUAUUUUUCAUUUCGCACUGCAUGUUAGACCAUCUAAGACAGGGCUUGGUAAGUUUUAGCUAAAUUUUUGUCUAAACCAAUGGACAACUGUCUGUUUGAAACAUUUAUGAUUCCAUUUCUACUAAUGCGAAGGUUCAGAUGAUAUGCUCUGAUCCCUGUGUUAAAUUAAAAUUACAUGAGGCAUAUCAGUUGUAAACCCUGGCUAAUUCAAUUAGGCUACACUUAUGAUAUAUAUAUAUAUAUAUAUAUAAAUCUCACAAAUUUCACACUGAAAUGUAGGCAUUUUCAGGCGUUAUUUUCCAAAAUUAAGACGUCAUUAAAUACUGAAAGAAGGAAUCUGAUAGUAAAACAUAUUUGAACUACUAGAAUAGAUUAUUUAUCGUGGACUUGCAUUUGGCUUUUUAAAAUUACCAUUUGGCCUGGAUUCUUUUCUGGGAAUCGUUUGACACGUGACUCAUCCCAACGACAAAACUGUGCAGAUGGAUUACCUUUGUUUGCUAUACUUUGUUUUUUUUUGAUGCAGUGUAAAAGACUUUGCAAGAAGCUUGUAUUUGUCAAAACUUGUGGAUACAUUUUCACAACCGAAUUACGUCGUCUUGAGGCAUAACGUGUUCAGUGUUAUACCUGAAGUUGGGAAGCCUAUCUGACUCCCAACUAAACUUCUUUAAUUGUUAUUGUUAUUGUCUGUUAAUGAAUAAAAAAAAACAACAACGUUAAGGUCAUUUGAGAGGUACGUGACAGCGUGACAUUCUGUGACAUUUUGUGACAAUGCUCAGAUUUAAACAAAAAUCCUGGCAUGUUUUAAGUUUACUAAAAAGGGAGCCGGAAAAAAACAACAAAAUAAUUUCUACCAAAUGUAAGCUUACUCAACACGUUGGCAUGAGGAGACAUGUUUUAGUUUAUGUCUAUGGCAGUGCAACCAAAAGUGGAGGUCUGUGGACGGAAAUAGAUCCACCAGUCACGUGUCUGCAAACGGUGGACUCUUGAGAAGAGACAAUUAAUGUCAGUGAAUCUCGGAAAUCGUCUGCUAAAAAAUGUGGGUAACAAAAAAAACUGAAUUAAAAAAAAAAAAAAAAGCACAACCUUUUUGAUAUAUUAUAAUAGGAUGUGUGUAGAUUUGUAUAGCAUUUAUGGUUACCAUCGGUAAAAGGAAUGUACUACUAGCGUACGCUAACUCAGUUUGAGAAACGCUACUCUAUUCUAUAUUACGCCGGGGGGGGGGGAUCUUGUUUAAAACAAACAUUACACUAGAAAUUAUUGCAAAACUGAAUUAUGAAUAGAACUAGCAUUUUAGUUGGAAAAUAUUUAAAGUUAAAAAAAUAUAUAUAUAAAUAAUUUUCUUCCUAGCUUAAAAUUCGCAUUUUAUAAAAGCCCGUCUGGUUUGCAAGGUUUUCCCUCUCCAUGAGGCGUAGCAGUUUACAAAUUCAAGUUAGAUCCCGUUCUGCAGAGUGUUUGCUACGUCGGUGAUGUAUCGAUCUUUGGGGGCGUCGCUAAGAAAAACACAGGGUCGCACAUAGAGAUUUUUGCAGUACUCUCGAAAACAACACCGCUUUGUGUCGCAAUCUCAAGUUGCUGACACCAUACACCAUGAGCUUUUGUACAGUCGAUUAUUCGGCUCUUGAAUCCGAAGGCUACAUUUCCAACUAUGCACUAUGGCGUGCGUCAUUCGUAUGCGAAUGGGACUAAAGGAUAUAAUUAUCGUUGAUUGCGCAGAGGGGGCGUCCUAUGUGUGUCAUGCCGAAUGUAUGACACGUAUGCUUUAGCAUUCCUAGUGGUUUGUAAAGGUUACUUUUUCUUCUCUCUAGCGUGUGUUCGGUUCGAGUGGGUACGGUACGGUACGCUCUGAAGACUGUGCUCCGACAGUGAGUAUGCCUUGCCAGCUUGUGCUCUUCAAAGCGAUUUGUUUUUAUGAAUUCAGAUCCAUGUCAAAAAAUUUGAAGGACACUUUUAGGAAAUCUUUGAAGCUCCAUGUAGUCUUAGGCCAUCCUCUCUUUCUUUCUUUCCUGUGUACACCGUACAUGUGAUUGUCUGUUGAUGUCCAUUUUUGAUAAAUGAUUUUCACUUUUCACGUUCAUAACAAGCUUUCUAAAGCCCCACACAGUAAGUUGAUGUCUAGAUUUUUUAUUUACGUUCAACAUUAGUGAUACGAGAGCGCUUGAGUUAAUAAAGUGCACGACACUGAACAAUGAAAAACAACAAAACAUCAUGCCGGUACUCAUCAAAAUGUAAAUGUUGAUUUUUAUUUAGUUGCAUGUCUUAAAUAAAAUAAAAUGAAAUCGCUCGGAUAAAUUUCAAAUGUUCAUUGAUGUAACAUUCUGGUAUGAUAUGUGUCUAAUAUGUAUAUGAAAAGUUUUAUGUUGGUACCGCAUAAUAUAAAAUGAGUUAAUCAGGUUUAACCCUACUUUGAUUCACUCAUUUCCUAUAUGGGCUAACCUGAUUGCAGUCUCUCCCCCUGUAACCCUUGUACCGCAUACACGACUCCAUGGAUUAAUGGAUCUGUUUCAAACUUGGGAUACGUAGUUGUUUCACUUGCAUAUACAAAAUAAAAUGUUGGCUGGCAUUGACUUUUUUUUUUUUGAAAUGUUUGGGGGCCCAAAAGUCGUUUUUUUUAAAAUUCUAGCUAUUUAAAUAAAUUUACAAUGAAUGGAUAAUCUAGACCAAGCUUAGAACAAAUGAACUUGAUAAAAUAUAUAUAAAAACUGGAGAGUUUUGAACUUAUAAUAUGGCACCACUGUCGACGCCAAGGACACUAAUUAUAUUUUCCUUAUCUCAGCUUCAUCCCAUUCAUAUUUAAACCUAUUUUACUGGGUCAAGUUUCAAUUUGUAAUUUGACUGCUUGUCUGAUUCAUUAUUUAAGUUACAUACCUGGCUGAGAAUUAAAACGACACCUUUUAAAAAGUAUCCCGACAGCCCCCCACCCACCAAACCGAGUUAGAGCAUUUUGUUUUUUGCUGUUUGAGUAUUGAAUUAAUGAAAACAUAAAAGGAACAUUUGUAAAAAGUGAUUAUUUGAAACAAUUUUAUUUUAAAUUUUCUUGAAGUUUCUUCCUUAUUCUAGAGCGUUUGAUUUUUUUUUUUUAAAUCGGUUAUUAAGAUUAAAUAAAUGUCAUUUCAUGUUUCUUGUGUUUCUAUAAGUUCUAAGUCUUUAUGGUGCUCCUAAAAUAUUAUUUAAAAUUUAAAGAUAUUUUUGAAGUUUCUAUGAAGUUCUAAAGGAAUGUAGCAACUUCCAUAAUAUAUUUUCCUUAUUAUUUCAAAAGCUAUACAAGAAGGCUUAAAUUACAAUCCAAGCUUUUAUUUCAAUUAUUGCAUAUUUGCUAAACUUGGUAAAAAUGCCUUUUAUGGUGUCGUUUAAAAUAUAGGUCGAUUUCAAACUAAUAAUAUCCACAUCUUUGUGCGCAGGGCUUUUCUAAAUUUUAUUCCAUAUAAAAGGCUUAAGCUUUGCCAUUUUCCACCAAAUUUAAUGGACAAUUUGAAGCAAAAUAAAGUUUAUUCGUGAUCCAACGUAAAAUGCUCACCGCUGUGAAGCAUUAACAAAAAUGUGUUAUUUUGGCAUCCUCGGUACCAAUAUUCAAAAUUAUAAAAGCAACUUCUUUGCAACUUCCUACAUAUUGUAAUGGUGUACUGUAAAAAGUUAACUUGAGCAUUUAUAUUAAUUAUUUUUAUAGUGUCCCUAUCUUAGGGUUAACUAAAAUGAGCCCAUUUGGAAUGGGGAUCCUAUUUUAUUUUAACUGAUAUUACGACCAGAAGAUUGGACAUUGGUUUAUACCUUUAAAAAAAUUACUAGGGAUCAUUUACAAGUUCGAUUUGUUUUUAAACCAUGGUUCUUGGAUGUGUUCUGCUUGAAUAUCAACUGAAACUGUAUUGGCACACAAUUCAGUGUUUACGAGAAUUAUUAUAACUCUGGAUUUUUAUAGACGAUUUAAAACAAAAAUUAAUAGGUAAUUUUUGUAACGUGUUUUCGACAGGGCCUUAACUUUACGUGUGCUCUAAUACGGCUUUAAAGGUUUAUAACCGAAUACACACCCGAGAAAAUCCGGUUACAUUGGCUAGUAAUGAUUACAAAAAAAAGUUAUGUCUUGGUUAAGUUUGUUUCUCUACUUCACAGAAUUUGCAGACGAUAAACAUAGAACGCAAAGAUGUUGUCUUUGGGAUAUGACGACUACGCUUUUAUCAUAUGUUGGAUUCUUAUGGUAGUAUUUUAUCUGAGUAAAAUUGUAUCACUGUAAAGUGUUACGUUUUAUGUUCCAGUGUAGGAUUACACUCAUCUCUUAAGACCUAAAAGCGAUAGUUUAUCUCUCUCUCUCUCUCUCUCUUUCUCUCUCUCUCUUUCUCUCUAAGCAAAUAAGUGUACAUUUAUUAUUGUAUUAUAUCUAUUCUUGUCUUUAGGCGCAAGAUGUAUGUUGUGUGCAUAUCCACUAAAUCAGUCACACAUAAUGUAACUAUGAACACGUCUAUCGUAAAUUUAAACACCCAUAAUGGAUUAAAUAAAUGGUCUAUCAUGAAUUUGAAAACACAUAAAACAUUUAUGAGCAUAUAUAUCAUAACUGAAUUUGCUCUUGAUAGGUGCGUACUUACAUUUAUAAACGUUACCAAUUUCUGAAUUCCAUUUACAAAUUGUAAUAUAAAUGUAUACUUUCAAAAGACAAAUGAUUGAACUUUAAGAAUUGUUUUUUUAAAUAUUUAAAACUCAAGGGUGGGGUGAGGUGGGGUCUGUAUGUGUGUGGGACACAAUCAUUUACACAUAAUUGAAUAAUAACAUUAAUCAGUGCAUUCAUUAGUUGAAUAACAACACUGAUCAAUUUAUACAUAGUUUGAAUAACAACAUUGAUCAACACAUUGUAUCUCAUCAACAGCUUUUAUACGAGGUCUUCAUAAAGUCACCGAAGCAGGUAUGAGCUUCAUUUGAAACGUUUUAAUGCUACACCAUUUGAGCUAAACAAACAUUACCAUCUGCUACAAACAUUUCGAUACCAAAAUUGCUCUGAUUAUUUUUUAUACCAAUAAAGUUAAUCAUUGCUUUAAAAAAAUCAUUACAGAACAAAUCCAGAAUUAUUUUCAAGAACAUAAAAGAAAAAAAAAUGUUUAAAUUAUUUAUGGCUUCUGUCCUCUGGUGUUACCUCAAAUUUAAUGGCUUUAUUUGAUACUGAUUUUCUUUUUCUUCUGGAAUUAUAUUCUACAGACUUCUAGGCAAGAUGUAAAAUCUAUCGCAAAAAAUGCCAAUUUAUUAAACAAUGGGACUCCUAAUGGUAAUGAAGAUAAAGCAAGUCCCUCAGAUACAACAACAAAAAAUUCACAGUUUAGAGAAAAGGCUUCCCCCAUGGAUACAUCUGAAGAGGUUUCACCCUCUGAUCAAACAGCUUGUCCUAAAGACAAACAUGAAAAUGCUGAAGUACCGUCACCACGUUACAAAGCUAAAAUGGCUGUACCAGCACAGUCUGAUCACGGCCCUGGAAUUACCCAUACAAAAUUAAAAAAGGGCAAAAAAUCUAAAACAAAAGCUGUAGAAAUUAGCCCUGCUUCAACAACGGGCCUAAAAUCUAAACCAAAAGCAGAUAAUAAAAUAAAUAAGCGCUCAAAGGGUGUGGCUAAUGUAAGAGCGUGUAGAGAAACAAGCAAAGAAAGAAAUGUUAAAAAUUCAAAGAGCAAGAAGAGAAGUCGAUCAACGAGUCCGUCCCCAUUACCACGAAGACCUCCAACAAAACUCUAUGAGAGUAGCACAUCAUCCAGGUUGAUCAUGAUAUUUUUGCCUAUCUUAAAUAAUAACCAUUUUACCAACUUUAUUUUUCUAACUAACCCAUUAAUCAUUGGUGGACAACCUAAGGCCCGCGGGUCACAUGCGGCCCGCAAGACCUUUUGGGGACUUGAUGAACCUUAUCGUAAAAUGUCCCAAUUGUAAAUGACUAGCUGUAAAUGUAUUUGAAAAAAAAUAUAAUAAUAAUGACACUGUAAAAGUAUCACUCUGUAAUAGCGUAACAAUGUCAGCAAAUUAAACAUACAAAUUUUACAUUACUUAAGUUCGAUCUGAACUCGAAAUGAGAUUUUUAUUUUUAUCUUAAAUAACACAUUUGAAAAAUUAACAAUAGUUUUUUUAAUAUAACCCCCCCCCCCAAAAAAAAAAAGGGUUUCAAAUGUCCGUUCACUCCCCUGCACAAAAUGGUCGCCAACUUUUGCCCUAAAUUAAUGUUUCUAUUUUUAGCAUCCGUAACAAGAGCCGCUCUAAGACAUGGGGGACAGUCAGCUAUUUCCGCACUCUACGCACCGUAGUUGCUCUCAAUCCAAUGGCCAGAUUUUUUACCAACAUUGUAACUUUAAAACAUAAAGUACUUUAAAUCCAAAUGGAAGCUUUUAUUAUUUAGCUCCGAAUUUUCAAUAUUUUUUAAAAACUAUACUGACUCACCCAUACAUUUGGACUAAAACGCGAAAAGUCACAAACAUUUUACUACUCAUUUUGCGUACAUAAUUCAAGAAAGCGUUGCGUCAAACAUCUAGGCCUUGUUUAAAAUAUUAACGUAUUCCAGCUUUUCAGUUUGUUUGGUCUAUUCCCUGAUGACCAUAACACUUAAAUGGGCAAAAGUAAUUAGAAAUAACCCAAUUGUCCAUCUCCAAACAUGUCUAGACGUUUUCCUCUGAGAGCAUUACAUUUAUAGGAAACUUCUUUUCGUCUCAGAUUAUAGGAGAAAAAAAACAAAAUAACUGCGUGGCUUUACAGAAUAAGCUUAAUCAAAUAACCUGUUUGUUAAUUUGUAUAUAUAUAUAUAUAUUAAGCCAUUUCCCACAAGUUUUGCGCCAAUUAAUAUGCAGCGUUUCAGUGGUGCAUCUCAAAGUGGUGGCCAACGGACCCAUAACAUUCUCAACAUCUUCUCCGAUCCACUACCUAUCUCCCAUCCCACCUUCUAAUUAUCCAACCUCAAUCUCCAUUCUAAUCUUUUCAACUCCCCACCUCAGCUACUAUACUAAUCUUUUCAACUCCCCCACCUCAGCUACUAUACUAAUCUUUUCAACUCUCCACCUCAGCUACUAUACUAAUCUUUUACACUCCCCACCUCAGCUACUAUACUAAUCUUUUACACUCCCCACCUCAGCCACUAUGCUAAUAUUUCACACUCCCCACCUCAACUACUAUACUAAUCUUUUCAACUCCCCACCUCAGCUACCAUCCUAAUCUUUUCAACUCCCCACCUCAGCUACUAUACUAAUCUUUUCAACUCCCCACCUCAGCUACUAUACUAAUCUUUUCAACUCCCCACCCCAGACUUUAUUCUAAUAUUUUUCACUCCACCACCUGAGCCCCCAUUCUAACCUUUCUUUUAUCCCUCUAAACCCCCCUUCCCAACUCAACAACAGCCCUCCCUACCAAAACAUUUCUCUGUCCCACCCAAACUGGCUUUGUCUCUACAACUCGCUCAUGUUAUGGUCCUACAGGUACACAGACAAACGUAUCCUCUAACAAAUCCACCCCAUCGGCUACCCCUCCUCACCCCAACUUAUCCCCAGCAAAGUUUUGCCACCUAAUCCCAGUCCAUGUCAACUCUUAAAGGCAAUAUACUAUUAGUUUAUUAUAUUUGUUCACAAAAUAUUAACAUCCUUUUUGUAUAAGGAAAUUUCAAAACUUCAACAACUAGGAAGCUAAAGAGGACAACAGAAGCAUCAACAUAAAUAUUUUUUUUUUAAAACAUUGAAAUAAGAUAAAAACUUUAUGAUUUUUUUUAAAUAAUAAACAUUCUUAGUUUCUUUAGAUACACCUUAUUGCAACCGAGUAACUCAAAAUUCCAAAUUACAUCAAUAUUUUGUUUAGAUAAUUCAAUUUUUAAAAUUUUUUUUUCAACAUAAAAUGCGAAAAUAUAACUGUCUAUUCUUAGUAUAUUGUUAGAUUGUACGCGUUUGUCAGCAACAGUUACAUCAAAGGAUAUACGAACGAUCAUUUUUAGCCAGUUAUUAUCAUUUGCUAAUACUUAGACUUAUAAAUGGCAAAAUGAGUGAUACAUCAUUGUUAAAUUUAGGAUUCAUGUCGGAGAUGAUGAAUGACUUAUAGAUCAUAAAAAAAUUAAAAUAUUUAAAAGUUGAUUUUUUUUUAAUUUAAAAAAAAAAAAUUGUGGGUUGGUUGCUUAGAAUGCCUGUUAGAAUUUAUUAUAUCAUAAAUUUUAUUUGAUGAUUUUUAAAAAAAAAAAUGAUUACGAAAUAUAAGGAUUAAUUCAGCUGGGUUACGGCUUAAAGCCCCUUAAAGAAUUCCCUGGAGAGACGUUAAGGUCAAAGCAAACCGUUUUUAACAAAAGCCUUGCAUCAAGGUUUUCAUUGCCUAAAACAAAAUACGGGAAUAACUUAACCUAGCUGAUCAAAUUAUAUUAUAACUAUAUUUCUUUUGUUUUUGUUUUUUGUGUGUUUUGUUUACAGUGAGCCUGAUGAUAAAAAGCUUGACCUUCAUGGCUACACUGUGGAGGAAGCCAUUCAUGAAUUUGCUCAAUUUUAUUUAAAGACAAAAGAAAGUAGGUAGUAAUCUUUUGAUGACCGAUUUGUUUAAAAUUUAAGUGCCUUUUUUAAAACAAUAUUUUUCUAAGGCUGGUCAGUCAGUUUGUUAGUUUGUGGUGCAUUCUUGCAUAAUAAUUUUUUCCCCACUUCCUGAUCUCCAGUUAAGCUGACCCUUUAAACACUUGGCCGUGAGAACAGGUUUAACUCAGUUAAAGAUGUUCUAUUUGGCCAUUAAAUGUGUUUACAAAUGGUCACAAAAAUUGCUCAAGCAGAUAACAUAGUAUUACAGUUACACUUUUUUAGUCUAUAGAUUGAAAAUGUGUGAGGAGGAGGACCGUUACAUCUAUGUCGUCACCGGAAGGGGAAAUGGCUGCAGAGACGGAAAGCCAAAGAUACGACCUGCGGUUCAAAGACUGCUUGACAAAUACGACAUAAGGUAAAUCGUAAAUGUACCUUGGAGACAUCACCAUGCUUAAUUUUAAUUGUUUAUUAUGUUACAUACUCACUUGGCAAUAUAUAUAUAUAUAUAUAUAUAUUAAAAAUUACAUUAACAUAGGUUGAAUAAUGUUCGCUCAAGGCUGCACGAUACAAAAAUCCUUAACAUUAAUCGUGUUCUUUGCUUUCGUGCAGACACAACUGGCGCAAUGAACGUGGGCUAGUCAUGAUUGACUUCUGUGAACAGGACGAAGAGGAGAAGGAGGAGGAAGACCCAGUGACGCUCAAAACGCGUGAUAAAAAGGCAAAAAGAAAAGACAAAAAAAGGAAAGGAAGAAAUAGAAACAAGAAAGGGAAACCAAACUUUUACUCAAAAAUGCACUAAAAAAGUGUAGAGAUAUACAGUGCUAGUAAUUUCACGAGUGGGACAAUCGCUUAUUAUUAUUCAUCACAAAUAAUCGUGAGAAGGCAGAGAGAGUGCAAAGAGGCCGUCGACCGUUACUUCCUAUAUAUUUUGAGGAGUCAUUUUUUUUUUUUUGCCAACAGCAGAGUUUUUUUCUUAGAAUACCCCGAUUGGCACUAACCUUAGCCACGCUACUGUUCGACGAGCUUAUGAUGUAGUAGUUAGAUGUGUGCAGUAUUCAGUAUACAGCGUGUGGCCGAGCGGUCUAAACAUAGCUGGUGGUCUGGAGUUCAAUCCCCAACAAAGCCAACAUCCCAAGCACCCCGGGUGGAUGGGCAAGGUCCUGGACGGCAACCCAUCUAAGAGAAGGCAAACUCUGGCAAACCAGGAGUCAGAAUGAUCAACAAAUUGAUCCUGGGUUCCUCAAAUAUAAGAAGAUGAAGAAGAUUAAACAAAUGGGAACGUCUUGCAUUAUUUGUUUUUAAAAUGUAUAUUAAAAAAAACACAUUUACCUAAAAAAAUUCCGUGCCACUGGUACAUAUAACUAUUUAUCAAUUGUGGAAACAAAUUUUGCCACUUUGGAGCAAUGUUCUAUCGUAGCAAAUUUACCAACAAUUAUAAUUUUCUUCUUGGAGAGAAUCCAUAACAGCAUAAUGGGACGUGUAUUUUAGGGGGGCCUCGUGCCUGUUUCGAUGAAGAUUACAUUAUUCCGAUGAAGAAAGUUUAUCCUAUUUGUUGCCGUGUGUGAGAAUGAGCUUUGUCCAGUCGCAGUGCCUGCAAGGAUCAUCAUACUGGCUUAAAAUCAGCUCACGCGCACGAUUCUUCAUCUUCUUUAUUUUGAGGCCCCACGAUCAAUGAAUUGAUAAUUCUGGCUCCUAUGUUUCAGAGGGGUUUGCGAUGUUACUGUGCAUGGGUUUCAAGGGGAUACUUCACUGGUUGCAAGGGCUAUUCAGCAGUGGUGUUAAGAACUGGGGGUUGGAAUACAGGAGGAAAUAGACACAAAUGUGUCGAGUGUAGGCGCCUCAACUGUCGCUUUUGGAAGCUUGUUCCAGUCCCCUAUUGUCUUCGGCAGGAAUGAGGAGCUCCUGUACUUUGUUCUUGUUUUUACCAGCCGGAACUGUCUGUCGUGACCUCGUCGCUGUCUAAAGGGAAGAUGAACGAGUUUCUGUUUGAUGCCGGGGCAGUGGACCAGCCCAUUUUUGAUCUUGUACAACAUGGUGAGCCUGGAUAGUCGUCGUCGUUCUUCCAAUGUUGACCAGCCCAGUGUUUUUAGCACGAUCCCAACACUUGAGGUAUUUCUGAAGCGGUUCAGGACAAAGCGUGCUGCUGCUGCCCGUCGCUGGACCGCCUCCAACCGGUCGAUGCUUUUCUGGGUAAAUGGGUCCCAGACUGUAGAAGCGUACUCUAAAAUAGGCCGGACAAAGGCUUUAUAGGCUUUUUCUUUCAAGCUUGAGUUGCCGAUCUUCAGAUUGCGCCUUAGGAACCCCUGAACGUACACUCUGAAUGUACUGCAUUGUUCUAACAAACUUAAGGCGGCCGCUUCUUGGCUUUCGUGCCAUCAUAUCAUCUGCAGCAUCGUUUUUCUUCCAAAAUUGAUUCAUUCGGCGUCUAACUGAAUUUAUUCCAAGCUAUAUUUAGGAACUGAGUAGCCAUAUUUAGGAACUGAGUAGCCAUAUCAUUCACCUUGCUCCCAUUGUUUCAAUUCGCACUUUGUUGUAUCAGACUACGAGCUUCUUAUUUUAGUGAUUUUAGGAAACAGCAAACACUGAACAAUUAACUAAAAUAUAAAAUUGGCGACCGGAAGUUAACGAAGUAUGAACGACAAACAUAGAGUUUGUAAACAUUAUUAGAAGUUUUGGAGUACGAUGAAGCUUUAAAGUAGAUUGAUUAGGCACAAUGUGUGUAAAUAAAACAAUAUAUGUUCAGUUUUUUUUUUCAAUCCAUCAAUAAUGAUCAUGCAGAAAAAAAUUAUGUAAACUUUUCGUCAAAUGCCGUCAUUGGUAUAAAAAAAACAUAAACACAUUCAUAUAUCUAUAAAUUAAAUUUACAUAACAUAGAUAUACAUGUUAGUAUCCUACCUAAAAAUGAGAGAAAAUGAUCAAGAUUGGGUGCAAUAUAAGUACAGAAAAUAUUUUUGUUUUAAAACCGCCAAAAAACCUAAUUUGAUACAUAUGAUCUAUUGCACAAGAUUCCACUUGGCAGGAUCACUUUUUUUGGACGAUACCUUUUAAAUAUUCAUGAUUUUUGUGUGUUAUAACAAUUAAUGUGGGUG